AUGCCCGAACGGUGCUUCCGCCCGCCCUCCAAGCGAGGCCGCCCAGCCCGCCAGGUCCCCUCCCCGGGCGUGCCUCGCAUGGUGAAGAUCCUGCCGCAGGCCUGUGAUUCAUUCGCGCCUCCGCCAUCAUCAGCUUCGCCAGCAGCUGCAGCCGCCGCCACAGCACCACCAACGCCAUCGUUGCCAUCACCGUCUCCUCUCGAUCGAGAAGCCACAGCCGCACCGACCCAGGAUCGACACCACCAACAACAACACUACGGGCGACAAGUCAACACAUCAGCACCAUCGGCACAACCGCCGGCGUCGGCAGCAGCUGCGGAGAACCAGGGCCUGAGCGGGGUGACGACCAGCUUUCUGGUGGAGACGAUCAUCGCGCUGAAGGAGGACAUGCGCGCGAUGACGGACAAGGUCCACGGGAUGAAGAAGAGGGUGCGCGGCAUGGAGCAGCUCCAGGGCGACGUCCAGGAGAUGCAGCGACGCCUGCAGCAGCUCGAGGACGACAACUCGCAACUCCGCAUCCAAUUGGCGCAAGUCGCCGCGUCGCGCCACGGCGUCGCCCGCUAUUCCUAUCUCACGCCGUCUUCUUCCUCUUCCACUUCUUCUACAUCAUCAUCGUCGUCUUCAUCUUCAUCUUCAUCAUCUUCGUUCGCCAGCGUGAGCUCGCCCAAGCGAAGAAGAGUGAGCCAUGACGAUGACGACGGUGGUGGUGGUGGUGCGACCGGCAGCAACAAUGGAGAUGUUCUGAGUGAGGAGGUGCUUUGCUGCUUCCCCUUCCUCCAACGCUACAACCUCUCUCCGAGCCGCUUCGUUGUCGACGACCUCCAGAAAGCGAUAGCGGUGCUAACGGUCCCGCAUGGGAAGAAAUCCCGUUCGAGCACCACGUUCGCCACGCACCAGUUUUGCGACAUCACCGGCUUCUCAAUGGCUGAGCUGCUCGGCCGAGAAAUGUUCUCGCUGGUCCCGCGGCACCAAAAGUUCGAGUUCAGCCGCUCCUGGCGAGAUGGGUUUCGCGUCGGAAUGGGCGACAUCGUCCAGCAUUGCAUCCACCUCGAGCACAAGGACGGAUACCUCGUCAAAGUCGCGGCACGCAACCAAUUCUUCUGGAGCUCCGAUGGGCAGCUCACCUACGCCGUGAUGUGCGUCGACGAAGUCCUGGCAAGGGACUACCUGCCUUUCUCUAUCGAAGAGUUGCGCGUGAGAGAGAAGGAGGAGUGGGAAGAAGUGGGGCGGGAGGUUGCCGAGGAGACGAUGCAGGCCUCCGCGCUGGCUGUGCGCGGCGGUCACCACAACUUCGAUGCUCCCGCGCCGUCGCCGCUCGUGCCGCCCUACACGCCCACCACCGGGGCCGAGGGGGCCUGGCACGAAUUCCUUCUCUUCGAGGACGACCACAGCACCUGCUCUUCGUCUUCGUCUUCGUCUUUCUCCUCGGCCUCUUCUCCACCGCUCAGCGGCUUCUUCCCGCCCAGCUCGGACUGCUGA